CAUCGGUCAUCUUUGGCCCAUGCCACCACUCAAACUCCUUCCACCCACCGUUAACUUGUCCCGCAACCAUCUCGUCCGUCCACUUGGGCGAGCGAACCUUUCCGGUCACCCAGUCCUUGAUCUAAACGCAGGGGCGCUCCGGGGCCGCCUUCUCCCGAGAGGAACGAAUGUGGUGCUCGUAGCAUUCGAUCAUGAUCUGUCUGUCGAUGAGCGCCUGCUCGUCAACCGGGGCUUGAUGGGAAAGGCCAAGAUUGAAGCCAAGAAAGAUGCUGCCAAGGCACAGCCUGCGGAGGCAAAGGCUGCAGAUGAGAAGGCCUCUCUGCUUAUGAGGCAUGAGCAAAAGGCGGAGAAGCUCCGCAAACAGCUUGAAAAGGUCGAGUCGAGCAUCAAGAGAAGGGAAAACCUGCCCGCGCCCUACGAUUUCCUACACGUCCCCUACAGAGUUUCGCAAGAGAAAGCGCGAGCAGCAAGACGAAGGCGACGAGGUGCGCCAGUCGGAGCCCUCAUCGCCCUCAGCUGUCCAGGGCAAGAAGAAGUCUACCACCCGUGGCACCACCAAGGCCUUCGUCAAGAAGGCGAGGAAGAUCAAGUUUGCUUGGCCCAAGAAGAAGGUCCCUGUCGGCGAUGACAAGAAGCCCGGAUGAUGCUCGCAACGCCAUCCAGCGGGUCCGUUGUCGAGGACAUUCAGGAGAAGAUGGAGGUGGAUAUGGGAACGGGGAA